AUGGAGGGACGGAAGAACGGACGAGGGCGGCCCAAAAGACGAAAUGUGAGUGAGAGUUAUCAUCUCGGAGUUUUAAGCCGUAAUACCCAUGCUUAGAAUUAGCAGUGUUAUUAACAGUGUUACUAUUUUGGAGUUUCGUUGUAAAGUCCCCCCUUCUCUCUAAACAUCUGAAAUACAAUUCUUAUUUCCAUGGGCGUAAAAUAAUCUCUAUUUCCCCUAAACCUAGCCGGAAAUUACUAAAUAAUCUCCAAAACUGUAAUCUCCACGUGUUUUCUGUGUACCACCUAAAUCCCACCACUUGAUGACAAAAUUGAUUACAUUUUUAUUACGUAUCUAACCAUUUCCGAUAACUUCUUUGCCUGCUUUUUGUUGUUUACUUGUUACCUUGCAGAAAGCGGAAGUUGGCGAUGGAUUAGGACCCAACAAAGUAGACGCAAAUUUCCAAAAUGGCGGAUUAAAGCUAAAGGUAAGUGUAAAAGGAAUACUUGCUGUUUCCUGUUAAGUGUCGACGACUUUAAACAAGAAAGGAAUGUAGUUUGUGCGAUUGGAGUACUCUUAUGUCCGGAAUGACCUGUUUAAAUUUUAGAUGAGAAUAAGGAGCGAUAAUAAUGGGCAUCAAAUAGUUGAAGUUAUUAAACCAGAUGAUGACAAUGAAAAGCCAAGCACUUCACAACACAAAGAGGGCAUUAGUAGUCAUCAUAGCUCCAAGAAAGAAGAGGAAAAAGACCCAGUUGAGUCCGAUUACUCGACAAGAACCAGCAAAGGAACAAUUGUUAAAAGAAGAAAUGAAAAAGGUGCUGUAGAGACUUAUGAUACUGGGCAGACUGGCAAUGCAAAACGAAGAGGUCGCCCUAAGGGUGUCAAGAACUCGGCAUCUCCACCUAAAGUGUCAGUGGUAUGUGUUUUACUGCUAUUAUAAAAUUGCGUUUGUCAUGUAGUUUUUUUUUGUAUGUAAGCCUGCAAGUUUCAACAUUUGAAAUUUCAUGUUGUGCGCUUUUUUUAUUCGUAACAUUGCGACAUAAAAACUUACCAAAUUUUUAAAACUUUUUAUGAAGGAAAGAAACCUUUGUUUAAUUUCUUAUGUCAUAUUGUUUUACAAAACUGCAGAAAUUCCCUCCCCCUUCACCUCUGCAUAUUAUCCAUGUUGGUCUCUCUUAUUUCUCCUUGUGAUAUCACUAUUUUUUGCUUUCGUGCCCUCUGGCGCUUUCGUUUCGGGAUUAGUCCCUGUUUCCGAAUUUUGAAUGUCCCGUCCGAAAUGUAAUUUCGUUUCAUUAACAUCUGGCCUCGUUUUUGAGAUGCUGUUUCGACCUGCAGGUACUUUUAGGAGAUUGCUUUAAACCGGGUUAAUUUAAAGUGGAAGUUUUAAAAAAAUAUUGUUAAGUAUGUAUAUUCACCGGUUUGACACGCGAUACAUGGGAAUAUACGAUGACAGAAAGCAUAUUAUGGCUUAAAAAUAAAUUAGGAAAAGGUGUUGCCCUCAGGUUGUUCCGGUCUUGUUUGCUUCUCCGUCUUGCUUAACUUGGUUUGAAACGGUUAUUUUCAGUAUCAAGGAACGAGUACGAGACCGUCUGCGGCUAUUCUCAGACAGGACAAAGAUACGAUGGAUGGGGAUUCUAAAGUGGUUCAAAACAGCGAAGAAAUCAUCAGCAGUGAACAGGUAAAUUUUUAUUUUUUAUUUCUUAUUGUAGAAUUUUGUUUUCCAUUUCUUUUUGUCGUUUAUAAUGUUUUAUCGCCUCUUUCGAAUGUAAUACCAGCAUCUUCCUUUGCUAAAAAUAUAUUUUAGAAAAGGGGAGGCCGUAAAUCAAAGCCGAAGCCGCUAAAUCUGAAGUUCAUCACAAAUCUCGGUGGCGGAAUCAAACUGAAAAAGGGCCGAGGAAGACCCAGAAAACAUCCACGUCCUGAGGAUAUGUUGAAUGAAGAUGAUUUAAAGGCUUCUAAAACGAAUGGUAAUACAAUAGUAGCUGAUACGAGUAACGUACGGCCGGAAUUGCCAAAGGGUGCGAAGAAAAGAAAAGCCACAAAACCUCAGCCAUUUAUUGAAAGUGAUGGCCAAGAUGAUGCUGUUGAAUCUGCAAAUGGAGUUGUGGAUCAACAAUACAUUUAUGGAUCAUUCUGA